UAAUUUGCAUUCUGCUAUAGUUUUGCACGAGAACAGUAAGGAGCUACAUAUUACAGUCCAACACAAAAAUGGCAAGAGUGUUUCUUAUUAAAUCAAUCGUUGAGAACACGGAAGCGAAUGAACAAGUAAACGUGAUAUUCAGACAUCUAGCCAGUCGAGGCAACGAUGUCACUCUAUUCGAUAUCUCGCAUUUGGACUGGUCAAAUUCAUACGACGAAAUAGAGGUUCGGAAACAAAUGGACUUGCUGAACGUGCUAGAAAUAAUGGAAACGGCUGAUGCCGUGGUUCUUGUGACGGACGAAUACUGUUCCUACCUCACUCAGAUCGUUCAGAACUUAUUUUCGAUGACUUGUAAAAAACUAAAGCGUUCCAGCAAUGUUUGGAAUCAUAAUGGAGUCUGCUGUACAAUCCUUGGAGGCUCAGUCAGAAAAUCAAAAGUCGCGAAAGAACUUUGGGAGGUGUUCCAGGAACAAGAGUUGGACUUUACUGACCUUUUCCCAUACGGGUCACCGCGUUUGUACAACCUCGAUUACACGAAGGAAACCGCCCAACCAACUGUUGUUUAAAGUCAUAGUCACAAGAAAAAAAAAAGUGAAAUGCUCACGUGACAACUAGUAAUUUUUAAUGUAUAGAAAAUUGUGAACAUUUUAACAUCGCGUCCGUGGGGUCUAUCUACACAAAAGUUGAUCUUAUGUAUAUAGCUACGGUUGAUCUGUUUAACAGUUUCACACAUUUUCUUUGCGUUCUGUUGUUACUCGUAGUGUUGUUUUCUACGUAUAUUUCGCUCUACACAUUUUUUUUUCUUAAUGUGCUAGAGGAAAAUCUUCAAAAUUCCUUUUUUGUCGAUAGACGCCUUCUGGCCCCUUUAUUUUUGUAUGUAAAUAUUAUUAUACGCUAUAUUUUUUAUAGUUUAACUUAUGGUCAAACCUCUAGUAUUUAGAGAUUUUUUUUAAUGUGGUUAAAACCAAAAGGGUGGAGAGAAAAAGAGUAAAAAAUUAGCUUUAAAGUGAUAUAAAAGUCAUUCUAAACAAUCUUAACGUGCUGAAAGGAAAUACCUUCUGAAUAUUUCGAGUUUUCGUCCCCUUGUUAUUGUAUAUUGUUUUUUGUUGUUGUUUUUUGUUAAUGUUAUUUUCGUGUAUAAUAGACUCAAAAAAUGUAAAUACAAAGUGAAAAAAAGUGUAUAUAAUUUGUAAGACGUAGACAGUUGAGUUUUAGCUUUUAAAGUGAGAAAAAAUUUCCAAAAAAACGAACACUUUUUAAAAAAGAGAAUUUAUAGUUAAUAAUAAAAUAACAAACACCAAA